UAGUCGGCUUCACACUGCAGCACAGCUCUGUGCGUGGACCGGAGGACCCAUUCUCAUUCCAAAGUAAGGUUUUUAAUCGCAGAUCCCGGUUCUGAAGCCUGAGUUCUGGUUCUGAAUCCUUCAUGGGCGGGAAAAAGAAGAAGUCAGGGCCUGUCAGCUCAGCAGCUGGAGCUCCAGAUGUUGCAGCAAAGAAACAGCAGCAACAACCUCAACCUCAAUUACAGCAGCAGAAAACAAACGGCAAUAAAACUAAAGCACCAAAAACCUACAGCCUCCCCAGCAACAGCAGCAGCAGCAGCUCCACCACCACCACCACCACCACCCAGGGAGACAGCAGUGCAGCAGCAGCUGAUAAAUCAGUGCUCAAAGUUGUCAUUCAUCCUGACCUGGAAAAGAAAAUCAUCAAGCUGAUUAACGAUCACAGAGAGGAGCAUGCGGACAGAGGGCCGAUAUCAGGCAGAAUCACUUCUAAAAAGCUGCUGGAUCUGUACACGGCUCUGCAGAAGUUCGGCUUUAAGACGCAGCACGUCGAGGAGGCCAUGAAGAGCAGCGUGCUGUACGGAGGCGACCUCCACUCAGCACUCGACUGGCUGUGUCUCAAUCUCAGAGACGACGAGCUGCCGGAGGGAUUCAGCCAGAGUUUACAUGAACAGGAGAACAGCAAGAGCCGAGCCAAAUUUCAGGAUCAGCAACGAGAGAAAAGCCAAGCAGUGACCCAAACCAAGAACCCCAAACAUGAGGAACAGCAGCGAGCAAAGGUGAAGGAUGAUGGGACCAGUGUGAAGGAGUGGAUUCUAAGAUACGCAGAACAGAAACUGGAGGAGAGCAGCGAGGAGGAGGAGAGGAACGGAGACGGAGCUCACACCCCAGAGACGGACAAAAAAUUCGAUCCUAACGAGCGCUAUCUGACGCUAACGGCUCAGCUGUACGACGCCAAGGAGAUGGCCUCGGACGCUAAAGCCAAGAAAGACAAAGCAGGACAGCGGAGCGCGCAGGACCGCAUCCGGGUCAUACAGCAAGAGAUGAAGCCGUUGGAGUCUCACCCGCUGUUUAACCCGGCGAUCAAAGUGACAGAGGCUCCUAAAGUAGAGAAAAAACCUCCUCCAGUGGUUGCCGGGAACGACGAGCUCAACUUCAAACUCUUCGACCUAGCCAAUCAGACGCCGGCGGAGAAACCCGAAAAGACGAAGAAGGAGCCGAAGGACGUGCGUGAUUUCGACUACACGGGUCGCAGCUGGACGGGAAAGUCGCCCAAACAGUUCCUGAUCGACUGGUGCAGGAAGAACCUGCCGAAAAGCCCAGCGCCGUCCUUCCAGAAAGUUCCAGCUGGGAGAUACUGGAAGUGCAAGGUGCGUAUUCAGAGGCCGGAUGACGUGUUGGAGUUUUGUCCCACCAUCCUGACGGAGGACAGCAUGCAGGCGCAGCAUUUAGGAGCCACACUUGCUCUGUAUAACCUGGCGAAAGGGCAGUCUGUCCAUCAGCUCCUCCCGCCUCCGUACCGGGACGUUUGGUUGGAGUGGCGUGAUGGAGAGCAGCAGCAUGAGGAGCUGACUCGUUCAGCCAUUAACAAACCGCGGGAUCAGUUUAUCUCCCGCCUCCUUGCUCAGGUCAAACAGCACCGGCCCCGGUCAGAGCCCUGUCCCAUAGAAUCAGGCCCCUCCCACUGCACCGAGGACUCGUGGGAAGCUCUGGCGGACGCGGAAGAGGAGGAGAAAGAGGACGAGGAGAAAGAGAAGGAGGAGGAAGAGAAGUCGCGCUCGCUCUUUUUACAGCUUCGUGGCUCAGAGCUGGCACACAGGUUGUUGGCCGAGCGCCAGAGGCUGCCUGUGUUUCAGCACCGCGUGCGAGUGCUCGAGGCUCUACAGCGCCACCGUGUGGUGGUCAUCGCCGGAGAGACGGGCAGCGGGAAAAGCACGCAGAUCCCCCAGUUCAUCCUGGAGGCGGUGCUGGGAAAACAGGGGGAGAAAACAAGGCAGUGUAACGUAGUGGUCACUCAGCCGAGGAGGAUCUCCGCCACGAGCCUCGCUCACAGAGUGAACCAGGAGCUGGGGAGCGAGGACCAACCGGGGAGCAAGAACUCACUGUGCGGAUAUCAGAUCCGGAUGGAGAACCGCUCCAGUGCGUCCACACGUCUCCUCUACUGCACCACUGGCAUCCUGCUGAGGAAACUACAAGAAGAUCCACUCCUGUCCUCCAUCACACACAUCAUCGUGGACGAGGUCCACGAGCGCAGCGUCCAGUCGGAUUUCCUCCUCACCAUCCUAAAGGAUGUGAUUCACAAGCGUUCCAACCUGCACCUCAUCCUCAUGAGCGCCACGGUGGACUGCGACAAGUUCGCUCAUUAUUUCAACCGCUGUCCCGUCGUCACCGUCCCCGGCAAGACCUUUCCUGUCGAGGUGUUCCACUUGGAGGACAUCGUGGAGGAGACGGGCUACGUGUUGGACCAGGACUCUGAGUACAGUCAGAGAUUUGCGGAGGAAGAAGAGGAGAUCAGCGUCUCCGUCACGCAGAAAGGAGGAAGAGCUGCGCAGUACCAGGAGACGAUCGUGCGGGAACCCGGGGCAUGCUGGGAUCUGGGCCCGGAGCUGGAUCACUUCAGCAGCCGUACACGUCACGCUCUGCAGCACAUGAACCCCAACAAGAUCAACACGGAGCUCAUCCUGGAUCUGCUCGACUACCUGGAUAAGUCGCCCCAGUUUGCGGCGAUAGAUGGCGCUGUGCUGCUCUUCCUGCCGGGACUGGCUCACAUUCAGCAGCUCUACGACCUUCUCACCACCGACAAGAGGUUCAACCGUAAGGACAGGUAUAAGCUGGUCGCUCUGCACUCGACACUCUCUUCUCAGGAGCAGGCUGCAGCGUUUACAGUGCCCCCCGCUGGAGUCAGGAAGAUUGUUCUGUCUACAAACAUCGCUGAGACCGGAGUCACCAUUCCAGAUGUGGUGUUCGUGAUCGACACGGGGAAAACGAAAGAAAAUCGGUAUCAUGAAGGCAGCCAGAUGAGCUCUCUGGUGGAAACGUUUGUGAGUAAAGCGAGCGCCGUCCAGAGGCAGGGCCGAGCGGGACGCGUCCGAAGCGGCUUCUGCUUCCGCCUCUACACUAAAACCAGGUUUAACAGUUUUAUCGAUUACUCGAAACCAGAGAUCCUCAGAGUGCCACUAGAGGAGCUCUGCCUUCACAUCAUGAAGUGUGAGUACGGCUCGCCGGAGGACUUCCUGUCUUGUGCCCUGGACGCGCCACCUCAGCAGGCUGUGUGUAACGCCGUCGGCUUGUUGAGAAAGAUCGGCGCGUGUCAGAGGGAGAGUUACAAACUCACGCCGCUCGGCCUUCACCUCGCCUCGCUGCCCGUCAACGCCAAGAUCGGCAAGAUGCUCGUCUUCGGCGCCAUCCUGGGCUGUCUGGAGCCGGUUGCCACCAUAGCAGCCGCCAUGUCUGAGAAGUCUCCGUUCUCCACGCCCAUGAACAGGAAAGAGGAAGCCAACCUGGCUAGAGACGCUUUAGCAACAGCCAACUCUGAUCAUCUGACCAUCUAUAACGCCUACCAAGGGUGGAAGAAAGCGAGUUGUGACGGUCUGCGUGCUGAAAUGUCCUACUGCAGGAAACACUUCCUGAACCGAACCGCUCUCAUCACCAUGGAGAGUGUGAAGCAGGAACUCGUCCGGAUGGUGCAGCAGACCGGCCUGAGCAGCGUCUCUCUACCAUCAUUCUCCAAAAAGGAAGUGCCGGUUCUAGUGGCCGUGCUGAGCGCAGGUGUAUAUGACAACGUAGGACGCGUCCUCCCCGUACCCUCCGUCCUCCCCGAGGAGCGUUUAGCCUGUACGGUGGAGACGCCGCAGGGAAAGGCGCAGGUCCAUCCAUCCUCCGUUAACCGUAACCUCCAGACAUAUGGCUGGCUUCUCUACCAGGAGAAGGUGAAAUACUCCAAGGUGUAUUUACGUGACACGACCCUCACGUCUCCGUUCCCCAUCCUGCUGUUUGGAGGGGACAUCGACGUUCAGCACCGGGAAAGACUCGUCUCCGUGGACGGAUGGAUUCACUUCCAGGCCCCAGUCCGGAUCGGCGUGAUCUUCAAACAUCUGCGUCAGCUCCUUGACUUGCUGCUGGAGAGAAAGCUGGCGAAUCCUAAACUCAGUCUGGAAGAUUCGAAGACCAUACAGAUCAUUCUCGAGUUGAUUAAAUCGGAGAAAAUCCCACGCUGAAGCUCCUGAAUCCACGCUGAGGCCGUCAAAAAAAAAAAACAACCAAGUGGACAAAAUGUUUUUUCUGCUCUAAAGACUACUUAAGCUCCUCAGCUUAAAAUACACGUCUACUGUAUAGAAACUGCGCGGAAGCAUGUAUACUUGAACCUUUUACAUCAAGACCGAGCACGUGACGGUGCUAAGCUUCAGUUUAGUGUGUAUUAAGUGAUUUGAGAUCAUUUGUCUUGUAUUGUAUAAAUGUUAUCAAAUCUAAAUAAAAAAAAAAAAGGUAUUUUAAUACAAAGCCAAUACAUGUGAUAUUCCUUUAAACCCAUAUAUGACUGGCUGAAAUGCAAACUACCCGUCUUGUAAUCUAAUCUAAGUAAUUAAAAUAGUAACUAUGCAGACUUAUAUUGCAAAGAAAUUACCAAACAAGGCAGGACUAGAAUAAAUCACAUUCGUUAACCACAGCACUGUCGAAUUCUCAGCUGAGUUUUUAGACGCGUCACAUGUCAGUUCACGUGUUUACCUCGUUAAUAAGGUGAUUUAUUUAUUUAUUUAUUUAUUUAUUUAUUUAUUUAUGGUCUGCACUUAUAUAGUGCUUUUUUCUUUUUCUUUUUUAAAACCUUAGCGGUUCCAAAGCGCUUUAAACUGGUUCUCAUUCACCCAUUCACACACACACAUGAUACGUCUGAUGCACUUGUUCACAUUUAGGGCAUGUGGUUUCAUUUUACAUAUGUGAUUUAUAUCCCCCCCCAUUAUCAGUUAAUUUUAAAAAAUAUUUUUUUUACACGGGAUCACAAAUUGUUCACAUGAUGUCCCAUGAGUUCAUGUUCAAUUUCAGGGAAUAAAAUGGUGAAAUGAACCUUCACGUGUUUUUCCACAUAUGAUCGCAUAUUACUCGUACACACUAAAUUAUAGUUCAGUUAGAAUUUUUUAUUGAAUUUAUUUAUUUAUUUAUUUAUUUAUUUUUUUAACAAUUCGGAAAGCCAGUACUGGAUUGGACUGACCUAACAUGGG